AUGGUCACGAUUGACGACUCGCUCCAGUGGGCAUACAUUCGCGUGUUCCAUGCUAAAAGUGGUACGCGCAUCCGCCGCUCUCUCAGGUACGACAUAACUUGUAAAGGCUGCUACACACUAACGACCGACGUUUAUACAGACGUGAUAACGCCGAACGUCGCCAGUGUGAUAAGCCCUUAUAGCCCACAGGAAGCUGGUGGCGCCACUUGUAAUUACCAUGACUACCGCAUGUUUUCUGUCUUGUAUAGACACGGUGUACACGGCGCCGCUCAGAGCGUGGGUCCCUGCGGCUGGUACUCGGCCUCCGCGGCCCCGGCGCCCACAGCGCCCGUCAGACUCAAACGAGCUCCGCCUCACCAGCUGCCGGCGGUCGGUGCUGUGAGCGGGAACAAUGUUCCUCAGGCGCCACUCUCGCCUACUGCUCUACAGAAUACGCCACCACAUAACAAUGUAAUGUCGUCAUCAGUACGAGCGGCCGCGCCCGCCAUGCACAUCUCUCAAACGUCUACUGUUGUCCCGAAAGGUGCCAGUGACGUAUUAGUGAACUCAACGCCAUCAAACCCACCCCCCGCCGCCAACAGACUCAUCAACAUGACGCACUGGCCUUGGCACCAUGGCGCCAUCUCUCGUGAGCGCGCGGAGGCGUUGUUGUCAGGGUCUCCAGACGGCGUGUUCCUUGUUCGUGAGAGCACCAACUUCCCCGGCGACCACACGCUCUGUGUUCGAUUCAGAGGUCGUGUUGAACAUUAUAGAGUAAAAUGGGCUACGGCCCCGGACAGUCAAAACCAACGUCUGACUAUUGACGAUGAAGAAUUCUUCGACAAUAUGACGAAUCUAAUACAGCACUACUUGAAAGACGCGGAUGGUUUAUGUACAAAAUUGGAGCGAUGGCUUCCCAAGGCGUCACCGAAUGGUGCUAACAACAACAACUUGCACCAGGCGACGUUUACACCACUGCCACAACAGCCGCCCCCGUAUCCUCCUACACCGAGCGUGUCCAGUUCUUUGAGCUCGGUUCCAUUCCAACACGGAUUCGGUCAUCUGCCCGGGGACGCCACUGACGGGCCACAGAAGUUUGUCGAUGCCAGAUGGAUUAUAGCAGAGAGGGAUUUGGAAAUUCGAGAAAACAUCGGUAAGGGAGAGUUUGGUGACGUCAUGCUGGGCAUACUGAAUGGAUCGCAGAAGGUAGCUGUGAAAAUAUUAAAGGAUAGAGAGGCGGCCAGCAAGUUCCGCGCUGAGGCCAGCGUUAUGGCAUCCCUUAAACAUGAAAACCUCGUUCGUCUGCUGGGGUGUGUAGUGUUCAGUUCCAACGGCAGCACGUGUAUCGUGACCGAGCACUGCGCGCAGGGCUCACUACUGGACUACCUGCGUAGUCGAGGACGACACUACGUCACGCAGCUCAAUCAGAUCAACUUCGCAUACGACGCGUGUUGCGGUAUGGAGUAUCUAGAGCGUCAGCGCGUCGUGCACCGUGACCUGGCGGCUCGUAAUGUGCUCAUAUCGGCAGAAGGCACGGCCAAAGUCGCGGACUUCGGUCUAGCGAGAACGGACUCCACGCCCGACGACCCCGCUGACGCCCUGCGGGUGCAGGCCAAGCUGCCCAUCAAGUGGACGGCGCCUGAGGCACUCAAGUACAACAAAUUUUCUAAUAAAUCCGACAUGUGGAGUUUUGGUAUUCUUCUCUGGGAGAUCUACUCUUUCGGGCGAGUGCCCUACCCUAGAAUCCCAUUAGCCGAGGUGGUCCGUCACGUGGAGCGCGGGUACCGCAUGGAGGCGCCCGAGGGUUGUCCGGGCGGGCCGUACGAGGUGAUGCGGGCGGCCUGGCACGCCGACCCCGCGCAGAGACCGACCUUCGCCAGCACGAGGCUCAGACUCGCCGCCAUCAGGGACGUGGCGCAUGCGCAUCAGUGA